GUUCUCUUUGAAUCAGCUAUGAAACACUAUCGAGUGUUGUUUGCCAUCUUCUUAUUGCUUUGUGCUUCCAAAGGAUUAGAAUGUGCCACAAAUGGAACAAGGCCAGUACUGCCAAGAGCAAGCAUAACCAUUACCGAACACAGCGCCAAUCCGCCAGUAGCGGCCAACUGUACACCAGUGACGUUGACUUGCCAGUUAGAUAUCGAAGAGGAUGUCGAAGUAGACGUGUGGUGGACUUUCAAAGGAGAGAAUGCUACCAAAUUACCAAAUGUUGCUAUAGAACCAAACCCGACCGAAGGUAUAUGGAAACUAUAUUUAUCAUGUCCCACUGUGGAGCAUGAUGGGAGUUACGAUUGCAACGCCCACUCUCGGAGCGAGACUCAAUUAGUAUAUCGCAAAGAAACCACCGUGGAGGUGUACGUUCCUACAUCGGUAGAAGUGGGCCAGAACGAAACGUCUGAAGAAGUGAAUAAGAAAGUGAACCUAACAUGUCAAGGAUACGGUUAUCCUCAACCAUCUAUGAACUGGUACAAAGAUGGAGAAUUAUUAGAACCAGAGGAGGGACGUUUAGAUAUUCAAGUGAAUAUAACAAAUAAAGAACGUCUGUUUGGUACUGUAAUGAUUCACAAUAUCGUACGUGAAGACAACGGAACAUACGAUUGCGAAAUCAUUAGCAAAUAUAAUACCUCCAUAGGAUCACAAGACAUGUUAGUCCUGGAACGUCCCGAAGUUACGGUGGAUUCGGUACAGCCGCUGGAUUCAAGAACGGCACUCCUGAAAUGGCACCUACGCUAUCGAACCAAUUCACCAGUCAAACAUUUUCAUCUCCAAGUGAAGAACUUUAGUACCGGUGUUGAUUGGUUGGAUGUCGAUGACAAGAUCCCUCCGAACGCAACUAACUAUACAGUCAGGUACUUGGCACCAGCCAUGACUUAUGGCUUCCAACUGGCAGCCGUUAACGAUCUCGGAUCCAGCAAAUGGGAAGUUAUGAAUGUCACCAUGCCUGCCGACGUUCCUCCAAAGGUGUCUUGGGUACAUGUGUUGGCUUCAACAAAUGAAACUUUAUUGUUUGGAUGGCGAAGACCAACUCAUGAUAAUGGUGCAAAUAUCAUAAAUUAUGAAGUUAAAUUAACAAAAAGUGGACAAAUUUUUACAAAUGGAACAUUGAAUGUAACACAAAUUGGAAGAAAUAAUCAUAUGUAUGUAUUUGUUAAUUUGGAACCAGGAGAACCCUACAGUUUUCAGAAACUUUCAGUUGCUGAUCCACCAGAAAAUGUUGAAGUUCAAUGCAUUCAUGAUCCUGACCAAAAUCUAAACUUUAUAUAUAUAUCAUGGAGUGUACCAAAAAAUACAAGAGGAACAUUACAAGGCUUUAAUAUAUCCUUAGAAGGUCAAACAAGAUAUAGAAAUAUGAAUGGUAAUAUUGUUGUUGAACAGUCAAAAAAUUUUAUUGAUGUAAAAGGGAAAGACUUAAGUUCAAAAUCUACUGUGACACCAAACACAAAUUAUACUGUAAGAGUAUGUACCGUAAAUAAAGCUGGAUGUGGUCUACAAAGUGCUGUCACUAAUAAAACCAUGUGUGCCUCACCGCCAAGUGUUCCAACAAAUGUGCCACAGUUCAAAUUAGAAAAGCUGAAAAAAGAUAAAGAUUGCACACAAUUAAAAUUAGAGUUAUCACGUAUAUCUGAAAGAAAUGGUUUAAUUUGGUGUUAUCAUGUAAUUGUAAUUAAACUUAAAAAAGGUGAUACAGUGAUGGAUUUACCAAGUGAUCCAAAAAAUAUGAAUUUAUCUACAUAUGGAGAGGUACAUAAAAGUGAUAAAAGUGGUGCUUAUAUUGCUGAAGCUUUUACAAGUGAUAAUUUUAUGAAAGAAGUUGUAAUUGGUGACAAAAAGAAUAGCCAAUGUACAGUACAUGAUGAAACAGAAACUACCACAGAAACCACAGAAACAAGACAAAAACGAAAUUCAGCAACAAAUCAACCUCCUAUUGGAAUGGAAUAUGUUUAUGAUGGAGAAUUAUCCCAUAAUACAAAUUAUACUGGAUAUUUAGAGGUCAGAGUUUGGGGUCCAAAUGGAACGAUGUUAUCGAAACAGAGUCCUUACUUUUCGCCGACGCAGACAGGUGCUCUACCUUCGCCAGUUCCCGCCGAGAGCCCAUUUGUCUUUGUGUUCGGAGUCGUGUGUGGGGUUUUGCUUGUGGUGUUGGUAUUGGUCCUUGUACUGUGCCUUGUCAGGAGGAAAAAUGGACAUCCUUACGAAGAAGGUGAGCGACUUGGUCUUACUGCAUUGAUUCGUAGAACUGUACAUCGUAAUGGUCACCUACCUCGAGGUAAAGGUGAAUAUAUUUGGUAUGGUUGCCUUCUGUCGUAUGCUUUCCUGCAUGAAGAAAUGCCGAGUGGACUGAUCCUGUUUUUAGGAUCGACUGCUUUACCAGAAAAGCAUAAAGAUAGAACAACAAAUGCAUCAGAUAGUCCGGACAAUAUAAUUAAAAACAGAUAUCCUGAUAUUAAAGCCUAUGAUCAAACAAGAGUGCGUUUACCAGUUAUUGAAGGAAUUCCUGGUUCUGAUUAUAUAAAUGCAAAUUUUGUUAAGGGUUAUAAAUCAAGGAAAACUUUCAUAUGUGCUCAAGGCCCUCUAGAAAGAACAGUAUUUGAUUUUUGGAGAAUGAUAUGGGAACACAAAGUCUGUGUUAUUGUUAUGCUAACUGGUAUUGAGGAACAUGGAAAGAUUAAAUGUUCUCAGUACUGGUCAGAUGAUGGGCCAAAAAUAAUUGAAGAAACUUUUAAUGUUGCUGUUGUUAGUACUAAAAAGUAUUCUGAUUAUAUUGUCAGAAGGCUUCAAGUAAAGUAUAUUAAGGAUGAAGACAGUAAAGAUGAAAGAGAAAUUUUACAUUUUCAUUUUAUGAUGUGGAAAGAUUUUUUAGCACCAGAACAACCAUCUUGGUUAUUACGAUUUAUUAAGCGUGUUAAUGAAAAUUACUCUGCAGAUAGAGGACCUUUACUUGUCCAUUGUAGUGCUGGUGUAGGUCGUACAGGAACAUUUGUUGCAAUAGAUUCUCUUCUUCAACAGUUGGAAGAUGAAGGUCAAGUUGAUAUCUAUAUCUACAUUUGUAGUUUACGUAAACAGCGAAAUUUUCUUGUCCAGUCACUGAAACAGUAUAUUUUUGUAUAUCGGGCCCUAAUGGAACAUGCCCAGUUUGGAGAUACAGAAAUUGAAAUGCACCAUCUCAGGGACCAUUAUGAACAAUUGAAAGAGAGAAUAGGUGACGAUGAUCGAUUAGGUUUAGAAUUGGAAUUUGAAAAACUUGGUGAAGUUAUUGAAGAUCAUAAAGCAUCCUGUGUUGGUACAAUGGCAAUGAAUAUGAGUAAAAAUAGAUAUGAUUUUAUCAUACCAUAUGAUGUUAAUAGGGUUAUACUGCCACCUUCUCCUUCUCGUGAUCAUUCAUCUUACAUUAAUGCAUCAUUUAUUCAGGGUUACGAUCGUUCCUUGUCUUUCAUUAUUACUCAAGAUCCAUUAGCAUGUACCAUAAGUGAAUUUUGGAGGAUAAUUAAAGAACAAAGUGUUGCAACAGUUGUUAUGCUUUCAGAUAUGGGAGAAGGACAGACAAAAUGUCAACAGUAUUGGCCGGAAUUAAAUGAAGAAAAAGAAUAUGAUUAUGUAAAAGUCAAAGCUAUAUCUAUUGAAGAAAGUACACAUUUUAUACGGAGAGAAUUUAUCAUUGGAAAUAUUAAGAGUGAUGAUAGUCAUAAAGUUACUCAUAUGCAAUUUUGUGGGUGGACAAAUCCUGUCCCAGAAGAUGUGACAGGAUUUUUGUCAUUGAUUGAAGCAGCUCAGCAGUGUCAAGAACAAAAUCCAGGUGCUGGACCUCUAACUGUUCAUUGCAGUGGAGGUGGAGACCGAAGCAGUGUUUUUGUAACAUUAACUGUAUUAAUUCAACAACUUAAAGCAGAAGAAAGAGUUGAUGUUUUCCAAGCUGCUCGUUACACUCGUUCACAGCGUUGUUGUAUGUUGCAAACAUUGGCACAGUAUGAUUUUCUUUAUCGUGGACUCUUAGAAUAUAUAAUCAGUCAUAAACUGUGUGAUUUAGGAGAUACACAGCUAUGACAGAAACUUUUAAGUACAAGUGGUGUUUUCCACAAUAAGCAUUUGAAUAAUGGCAUGAGAAAUUCUAUGUGCCAAGUCAUAUCACGGUGGUUUCGGGAAAAUUUUCCCAUUUUUCAUCCGUGGUGUGUGAACAGGUCCAUUGAGCAUCAGUUAAAUCAUGUACAGUUCAGAGAAUGUAUAGCAAGAAGUGAUCUCUCAAUGGAUGGUACCCCUGCCAUAAAGCACGAGAUUGUUUUUGUUUUUAGUGAUAACUAAUAUAGAAAUAUUUGGAUCACUGGAUUCCUGAAUCAAAAUGCAAAGUGUCUCCUCGUCCAAGAAUGUCCCUGUAAUGACAAAAGUGUCUGCUGUUUCCAAAAUUAAUCAGAAAUUGUCAGAUGAGUCAUUAACAUCAAGAGAAUACAAUCAGUAGGAAGUUCAAAUCGAAAAAUACUGCCCAAAACUAUAUUAAAAUACUGUUGAACUUCUUUGUAAUAUUGAUCAUGCCUACAAAAAAAUCGUUAAAUUUUACAGUACUUUUAUGGCCAGCAUUCAUUCAAUCAGUUUGGGAGGAUCAUGGUUAGUGUGCCAAUAAACUCUGGUGCUCAAGGGUAGUGUGUUUCAAACUGGAGAGAAGUAUUUGCAGGGUAAGGCUGAUCUUGCCAAUAUGCACAUAGUCCCAUCUGUGCCUGCGGAGUGCAAGAACAACUACAGCUCAAUACCACGGGAGUGCCUGAUUUCUAUGUUCCACAGCUUGCAUAAAUGCUGGUGCCAUCUGUCCACCCUUCCAGUUGCCCUAAAAACAUCUGGCACCCAUGUUAUCGUGCCCGCCUUUAGCACUGUUUUAUCAGACUGAAUAUUCCAGUUAUGAUAGUCCAUUUUUUGACAGAAUGAAAUAUCCACACAAGUAUCACUUAGUGGACUAGAAUUGUUUCAUAUCUUGUACUUAAAUAUUGUGGUUAAUAACAAGAAUUUUACAUGUUGACAAUGCAAAAGUCAAGAAAGAAAAUUGAUAUACAUCAUCAUCUUUUUAGACAGAGCCUAUAUAGAUUCUUGAAAAAUCAUUUGGACCAUUUUUCUAUAUUAUUCCUAUGAGUUAAACUUUAAAAUUAAUUUUUUUUUUUUAAUAAUAAUUAUUUAAUUGUUUUAUGUUUUUUAGAAUGAUGAGUGACAAAAAUGUCAGAACUUAAUAAUACAUGCUCAAGUUCUUAUGGCAAAUAGCCUCAACUACAAUGCAAUUAUAUUAAACAAUUGAAAACUCAUCAUUCCUCAAGCCAAUAUAUAUAUAUUAUUUAUUAUAAAUUAAUUUACAAAAUGAUUGUUUUUUUUCCUUUUAAAUAUAUUUUACAGGAAGAAAUUGAAUUAAAAAAUUGUUUCAAUUAAACAAGAUAUUAACACGAGAAGACUUUGUAACUUUCAUAGGUUUCUUUCUUCAAGAUCAAUUGCUAAAUAUUCAUUAAUUAUUAAAAAAUGCUGAAUUUGUCAGGUAAUCUGAGCUUUGUAGUAAAAAGGAAUUCUGUUUAAUCGGACCAUCUUGUUGCCCCCAUCCUGAUCCCAGUGGUUUGUAAAUCAAAUUUUAUAAUUCUGAUUGACUUUUGUGACAUUGAUGCCAUUUUAUCUUUUUCAAUUUUCCUUGUACAAUACCAAGGAAUUGGCUAUUUAGUCACAAAUCUGACAUUACGGUAUCUGGCAUAGACAGAAGAUAUACUGUAAUUAAUAUAAUUGCAUGAAUGGAAUUUGUUUUAUGUGAUUUAAUCAUUUAAUUUAAAAACAAAUUUCAAUUUUUUUUUUUUGUUUAUUUAAGUGUUUAUUGUGUUAUUUACAAAAAGUGUGAUAAUUUCUACCGGAUAGCUUUCCUUUAUAAUGAGUGAAAUUUGAAUAAGUUAAUCAACUACUUCUAUUGAAAUUUAAAAUAAUUAAUUAAAAGGAAAAUACUUUUCAGUCAGUAUUACCUUAUUAUCCCAGAAGAUUGUGAAAAAUAGGACAUCACAUAAUUAGAAAAGUUGAUGACAACUGUCAUACAUUUGUUUUCUGUUAUUUCAUAAUAAAAUCAUGUUACAUUUUCAAUUGUUUUUAUUAAAUUUUAUUAAAAAUAAAAUAAAAAGAGAAGUGAUGUUU